CUGAUUGGAACUGAUUGGUGUAUAUAUUAAGAGUGGUUUUAUUUAGGUUUAUGAACAUAGACUAAACCUAUCUGAUCAUACAAAAUAACACAUCAAUAUAUUGACUUUGGUUAUUAACAAGAGGUUUUUACGUUAUACAAAGAAACAAUGGCGUUUCAAGUAUUAGACGUGACAGUUCUCAUGACAAUAUUGGUAGCCAUUCAAGAUGUCUGCUUCAGCAAAAAUUCAGUGACAUAUUCAUUUCCAAAUGAUGCGUGUGAUGCACCGACGUAUGUUGUUGAUAAAAAUACCAAAGCUUUAAUGAAGUUUGAAGGGGAUUUAAGCCGCCUCGAUUGUACGCACAUGUCGUUUACAACUCCUAAAUCAGUGUUUUACAGAUAUCGCAUGCUCGUAAGACAACUGCAUUUUGACAGUCCUCAAUGCCAAAGUAUGCUUUAUUACAACAUAUAUGUCACCCAAUACAGUGAUACCAACAACUUCAACAAUAAUGGCGAGAUUAAAGGUAAAGAUUGCAAUACGGAUCCUUACCCUGAGUACAAUUUUCUUUCAAAUUGGAUAUACUAUGUCGAUUAUGUUUCCUUCGAAGUAAAGAAAAAUGUUAAACAACAUGAUGGAUACAACAAACAGAUUAAAAUACCACACGAGGACUUUAUACCAGACAAACUAAAUGAUACUUUUACGUUUGAAAUUAAAACAAAAGUAGAAUAUCACUACGAUGUUAUUGCUGGUGUAUCAGGUGGAGCUGCUGGAUUUUUGGUCUUAUGCGGAUUGAUCGUUUAUUGGUGCAUAUGUUGUCGUCAAAGAAAAAAACGAAGCGGUAGAUACUGUUGCGCAUGUGUAACAAACAGACCAGGAAACAUAAAUGCAGGAGGUCUCUCGGCAGAAUGUUCUGUAAGUGAACUAUUGUUAUGUUCCUGUAUCUUGUGUAGACCUAAAAACCAGAGUGAAAGUGUACAGGUUUCUAUCAGACCUGAUAUGGAUGAGGGAUCGGAACCUGUAAAUAGUCUUACAGAAGAACACACAGCUCCUCUUAUUCAGUGUGAAUAAGAUAGCAAUAGCAUUAUCUUGUCCGAAUGCAACUAUAUUCGAAACUGUUAUACCUUAAUAACAGAUAAUACACAAUACGUGUUUUAUUUUUUCUUGAUUGAAAUGUCAUUAAUUAACCAAAUAUCUGAAUUUAAAAUCUAUCUCCCCAUAACAUAACCCCAUACAAAAAUAUAAGUUUGAUAAGUACAAACGACACUUAACGAUGAUAGUGUAUCGUCCCGGACCGACAACAUAUUUUUUUAUCUGUUUGAUAAACUAGUAAGGUUUCAUAAGCAUGAUUAAUAAAAGAUUAUUAAGUUUAGUUUAGUGUUUCCUAUUAUCAUUUAAUGGUGUUCUGUUAAAUUGUUUGAUCUUGUAAAUAAACAUAAAGUGUUUUAUCAUACUUUCGACUUUA